AUGUUUGCCGCGGGGUUGGCUUCCAUCGUGGGCCUGGCGACCUAUGCCUACAGCUACAACUUGUCUCGGUUCAAGUUCGAUGCCAAGCUGCGCCAGGAAUCCCGAUAUCACUACCAGGACAUGAGGAUCGAGCUUUGGAAGCUCUUCCGCGAGGACGUGCGCGAUGUCUUCGAGCUCACGCGGGCGAACAUGGACAACUACAUGGUCGUGGGCGUCUUGAUCAUCGCCUCGGUCAUGAACUUCAUGGCCGUGGGGUAUCCGACCUUCCCGAUGGAGCCGCCGUGGCUGGUGGUCAUCUGGAACAACAGUGUCUUCUCUUGUGUCAUCUUUGGCAUGGUGGGCGUCUGGCUGGCCAUGCACGGCUCCAUCUCGGCCACCUCGGCAUCGACGAAGAUCCUGACGCAGGCCGUUCGGCCGCCGGUGGCGUCCCUUGUAGAGGUCAGCUAUGGCAUGGUGCAACAGGAGGACUACGAGGCAGGAGGUCCGAGCCG